AUGGCGCAACUGUCCCGUAAGCGAAGACAUCAGAUCGACAGUGCUGUCGAGAGACACCCCCUUCGGAAGCAUAUGUCCGACACACGAUUGGAGUUCACCAUGGGGGUAGCCGCCAGCAGCUCGCAGCCACCAAGGCGCACCAAAACGAGCACCCGGAUCAAGUCUUCUGACAAGUCACGCCGGGUCCAUCUACGGCUGGUGCAGCCGGACCGGAACCAAGAUGUUGCAGAAACUGCAUGGUGGACAGAUUCCAAGCUCGGGAUCAUAGCCCGCCCCCGGGUGGUGCACCCCCGGUUGGUGUCAGAUCACGGACCAGUCGCGGUCGUAGAAUUGAAGGAUCGUGAUGCGUGGCUGAAGUGCUUGCGACCCAGGGGUAGACCGCCAGCAGCCCUGAUGCACGAUGUUGGGCAGGACAAAGUGUAG